AUGGCUCCUAAACCAUCACAUUCCCAUCACUGCUCCAUCCAUGACUCGCCCGCUUCCUGGAGGUGGGGGCGAAACGUGACCCCGCCCUCACCCAGCCCCAUGCCUUCCAGAACACGCAUUGACCAAUCCUUACGCACGGAUCUGAUCACAAACCCAGAAGAAGGUGGGACUCCAGGACUUAAGCAUCGCCCACGACAGGCGGAGCUGAGCAGAGGCAGACCGAGCGGGGAAUCCUCCUCCUCCACCGCUCGGAUCCCGGGCGAGGGAGGCACCGCGUCGAGCCCCCCCUUUGUCCGCGCUCCAAGCACACGCACAGGCAUCGCGUUCGUCUUGGCACACACCAUAAUCUGGCCAGAAAUAACGCCAGAACCGCAGUGCAGGCAGGAAAACCCACUCACCACAACCAGGAGAGAUCACGCACACAGCUGCGCCCGCUCCAGAGGCUCCAUGGAAGCUCCACGCAGGCGAACGCGCGGUGAAAACUGUCCGAACCCAUCUCGCGUUGCCUUUCCGUGUGGAACAACGCAGCAGAUUCACAAAAGCACUUCCAAUCUCACUCCGAUCCGACUGCCCUUUCCAAACAAUGCCACAAAGUCACACAGCCUGUGCUACACACUGAGAUAA